AUGGGCUUCUGGCAGCUUUUCGAAAAUCGGGCAAAUGCCCUGAACCGCCUACACGGAGAGCGCCGCCCACUGCUUCCUGCUUAUGCUGCCGACGAAAUAAGCCCUGGACUGCCUGCAAAGGAGGUCACAAAGAUUGCGCUGCGUCUGAAAUAUCAAAUUGAGCAGGUCAUUCCAUACGAACUGCAGCAGUCGCUCAUCGCCAAUCCCAAUAGCAGCAUCAUUACCAAGGAUGUCAUUCGUACCGCGAAGGAGGCCGGUGGAGAGGAGUACCGUGCUUGUGUCUUGUUCUGUUUGUUGGUCUGUCAGAAGUGGUUUCAUACCGAAGGUUUACAUGCGCUAUGGGAUUCUCCUCUUUGCGAUUGCCGAGCGCUUGCUUGCCAAGUGAUUGCUAAGAAAUUAAUUGAGUCCGAAGAAGACCAGGAAUGGCUCCACAAAGAAGCCCUACUGAAGCGCUACUCUAUCCUUCGCAAAGGUGAAGUGACGCCCCCGGUAAACGUGGUUGAGCGUGCAGUGGACAUGCAUGCACUAUAUAUCAUAGGCUCAUCGGGAUACCAAAAAUGCAUCCAGGGCUUAUGGAGAGGUUGGCUGGUGCAAGAUGACCAAGAACCGUCCCGGUUCGUCGACUAUGAAAACAAGAUCAAUACAAGCUACUGGGCACAUUUCGAUCCAGACCGUAUGAGAGUCCCAUUGUAUCAGAAUGCGCUUCUGAUAUUCUUUUCGUUCCUCUACCUGGCGCUCUACACGAAUGUGAUCAACACCGUCAAUCCAGACGGUGAUAUCGAUGUCGCCGAAGGCAUUCUCUACACUAUGACGCUCUCGUAUCUGUGUGAUGAGUUUUCGAAGAUCAUCAAAAUUGGUAAGUACUAUAUUGGAUUCUGGAAUGUUUUCAACUUUACGCUCUUUAGCAUGCUAGCAGUCUCAUUCGUUCUGCGCAUGGCCGCCCUGGCACAAUCGUCGAAUGUGAACGACGCUCAGCGCCGUCAUUUCAAUCAGCUGAGCUAUAACUUCCUGGCAUUUACAGCUCCCAUGUUCUGGAUGCGUUUACUCCUAUUCCUCGACACUUUCCGUUUCUUCGGUGCUAUGCUAGUUGUGCUCAAGGUCAUGAUGAAAGAGAGCUUAAUUUUCUUUGCCCUCCUUGUCGUUGUCCUAGUCGGGUUUUUCCAGGGCUUUAUUGGUUUGAAUAAUACCGAGCUGGCGGUGCCGGUCACCAGCAAGAUCCUGAAAGGAAUGGCCAACAGUAUCAUGCAGAGUCCUGACUUUGAAGCUUUUGAGGAUUUUGCUCCCCCUUUUGGUAUGAUACUAUACUACGUUUUCAACUUUAUUGUGAUGACUAUUUUGUUGAAUAUCCUCAUUGCGCUUUACAACAGCUCUUACGAGGAUAUUUCUGGAAACGCAGAUGACGAAUACAUGGCGCUAUUCUCUGCCCGAACGCUCCAAUAUGUGCGGGCUCCUGACGAAAACGUCUUUAUUCCACCCUUCAACCUCAUCGAAAUCAUCUUCCUCAUCCUCCCCUUCGAAUGGUGGCUCUCAACCAAAUCCUACGAAUCUCUCAACGACAUCGUCAUGUCCCUCAUCUACUUCCCCUUACUCCUUGUAACCGCUUUCAUCGAAACUCGCGACGCGCGCUGGAUCCGCUUGAACCGUAGCCACGGUGAAGCGGACGACACAAUCCGUCAGGAAUGGGAAGAUCUCGCUCACGAAGUUGGAUUUGAUGGUCUUGAUCAAAGUGAUGAGUGGGUUGUGACUGUCAAAAAGACUAAGCCGAAUGUCGAUGUGACUGCUGCCGAGCUUGGAAUUAGGGAACUCAAGGAGCAGAUUAGGCAGUUGACUGAGACGGUCAAGGCGUUGACGGAGGAGAAGCAAAAACAGGAUUCCACGUAG